UCGGGGCUUUGUGGUCCAGCGAGGCCUAAGAGCUCUCUGGCUGAGGAUUCUAAAUGCCCCCCGACUGGACUACAAAGCCCACAAUGCAACGGGAGGAGGCAGCCAGAGCAGUUAAAGCGGAAUGGCAGUGUAGUGGUGCCGAUAUCUCUGAAAAGUAGGCCAGCUCAGCUGAGGAACCGGAAGUGCCUUUGGAAAGCGCUUCUCCUGGCCGCCAUCUUCUCCUCCUCCCCCCCCCUUCGGCGGCGGAAGGGCGUCUGUCUGUCAAGAUGGCGGCCGUGGGCGAGGUGGGGCCGGGGCUGGGUUCCGGACUUGGCCGAAGGAAAGCCUAUGGCAAGGAUAAUCCUCAUAACAACUGCUAAAGACGACAAAGACAAAACAUAGACAAAUAAAUUUUACUGGUCAAGUAAAAUGGAUCCAUGUUCAGUUGGAAAUCAGCUGCAAGCUAGCAGUGAUUGCCAUAAAACAUUCUUUACCUGUCAAACUGGCUUCAAGACUAAGCAAGAAUUUUCAUCAAGUGAUCUAUUACUCCUUCAGCUUAGAACUGGGAUAACCUUUACAGAGACCCACACAAUCUGUUUCCAUCAUGCUAAAGUUUACCUUGAUAGAUAUGAAGACUUGCAAAAGUCAUGUUGUGAUCCUUUUAAUAUACACAAAAAAAUUACAAGGAAAAACUUGCAUGCAAUUGACAUAGAUGAUGCUACUUUUCUAAGUGCCAAGUUUGGACGGCAGUUUAUACCUGGCUGGAAGCUUUGUCCUAAAUGUACACAGAUAAUAAAUGGAAAUACAGAGGUUGAUUCUGAAGACCGCCAGCACAGAAGACUUGAAUCUGACGGGCGUACAGCUAAAGCCUUGAAAUCCUUACAGUUUGCUAAUCCAGGACGACAUACCGGAUUUGCUCCAGAAACAAACAAAAGGGAAAAGAGAAGACUGCAAACAAAAAGCACAUCCGUUAAUUCGGAUAGGCAGGUUAUACCUGCAAAGAGCAAAGUAUAUGAUGGCCAAGGAUUUCUCCUUUAUAGUGGGAUAGACCUCUGUGAUUGUCUCGAUGAAGAUUGCCUAGGAUGCUUUUAUGCUUGUCCCAAGUGUGGCUCCAGCAAGUGUGGACCUGAAUGCCGCUGUGAUCGCAAGUGGUUAUAUGAGCAAAUUGAGAUCGAAGGAGGAGAAGUUAUACGGAAUAAACAAGUGGGAUAGCCUACCAAUUUGAUCAUGGAACAGUAUUCCAGAGCAUUUUGCUUGUAAAAAUAAACAGAAUAUGUUCAGAAUUCCAGUUAGUGGUUGAUAUGUUAUAUCAAAGCUAUGGGUCAGAGUUAACUGCACUUUGUUGUCAUCCAUACAGAAAUAAAGGUAAAAGUUUACUAAUGGACAAGUGGGUUGAUAAAAAUAGUAUUAGUCAUUUUGGACCCUCUGAUCUGUAGAGAAGAUAAUUUUCUCCCCAUACAUCUUCCCUUUUCCUUCAUAGGAAAAAUCUGGGAUCACCACAUUAAAAAAUGUGAUCGCUACUGUAUUUACUUUAGCAGCCACAAACAGUAUUACAGUUGGUAGACUGAUAAUUUGAUAACGCUGGUGGAAUAGAAGAUAAGAAUAUCAAACUGAAACUUUUGAGAAGAUAACAAUCUUUUUUUUCCCAGAAGAAAUAAAAUAAUUGGCCUCUUGUGACAAAUGUGUGUGUAAAUUAAUCUGAAAGGAAAUUAAGCCUAUCUUGUUCUUUCAGCAGUAUUUCAUUGUUUGCUGUGACUGCCUCAGGGAGAAGGUAGAACUACCAAAGAUGUAAACUCCACCAGCAUUUCUGUUAUGAAUGCAUUGUAUGAGGACUUUAUAGUUGAAUCUCUAAACAAACAAACAAACAGAUGUCUGGGUUUAAAUGCUUGUAUCUGCUUUUGCUAAAUAUUUACUUAAAUGUAAAGUCACACUUCUAAGUUGUCUGUAAUAACUGAUACUUUUCACAAGGACAAAUAAUAUACAUCUACAGAGUUUUUCAGUAGUGUUUAAGUUGCAUAUUGCUCCCUGUUUCUUCAGCAACAUGUAGAUUUUCUUUUGAAUGGGUAAAGUUGUAUUUUGCCAUUAGUAAUAAAGUAUUCAACAAACUAAAGGUUAGUAUGUUUUGGUAAUCUACUCCAGGUCCAAGGUUACUAGAACGGAUUGUAUUCCUGUACAUAUUCCUGAGUGUAAGUUCCACUAUGCUGCCUAUUCAAAAAAUGACAAGUUCAAGAUCAUGCCGAAGAACUUAAUCCACUGAUGCUAAAACUUUAUUGUUUCUACUAGACAUCUUUGGAAAGAGGCAAAAAUCCAAGACUUUUUUAAUGAACCUCUUUGCAAGAAUAAUAAGGCUUGAUAUAUUUUAUGUCAUUUAUCUGAUAUAAAUAAAUUUAUUUAAGUCA